AUGUCAUCGAUUCAUCGAACACACGCUGCACUCGCGCUGCCUCUCCAAGCUUCCAAGCACCACCCAGGACCAAGCGUAGUUCAAGCCCAUUUGACAUUCUCAAAUCGGAACUGUGAGCCAAUACUGCCUUUCGAUACACGGACAAAACCUUGUGAUGCACCAAAAGCCAUUCUCCAGAUGAGUGCAAUCGAUUACUGGAGUCCUCCUGCACAACUGAGACUGGAUCUGCUUUCAGAUCUCAGUGUCACUGCAUCUGUCAAUGAUCCAAACAUUUACAGGAUCUUUGAUGAUGAAGUAGCCUUUCUGCGCAACACGAUACGUGCAAUCAACGCGUGGCGCAAUGAUAUAAUUCCCAUGUGUCAUCUCCCAUCUGAGACUUUAGCGCAUAUAUUCUAUUUUUUGGCAGUAAUCGAUCCCCCGUGGAUACGCGACCUGGGAUGGAUCAAAAUCUCACAUAUUUGCAGAUACUAG